AUGGCGAACCAUGACCUGGUUCUUGGGCAGAACCCUGACUUGGCCUUGGGGCAGAACCAUGAGUUGGGCAUGCGGCAGGCCCAUGCCCUCGGCAUUGGACAAGCCCACUCUCUGGGGCUCGGGCAGGGGCAGGACCAUAAGCUCGGGUUAGGCUCUGCACACGACCACGGGCUCGGGCUCGGGCAUCCCCAUGACAGCGAGCUCGUGCUUGGUCACCACCAUCAUCAUCACCACCACCACCACAUCCCCCACGAGCAUGAACAGCAUGCCCAUGACGAAUUGGCCCUCGGGCAGAACCACGAUCCUGAAGUGGAGGAGGAGGAGGACGACGAGGACGACUUCAAUUCGCAGAGCAAUGAGCUGGGGAUAUCUGAGAAUCACGAGUUGACUCUUGCUGAAACCCAUGACCUUGGCGUUGACCAUAAUCUUGACCAUCUCUCAGUUGAGCGGUCGCACGAGCUGGCUCUUCAGCAGGGAAACGAGAUCGGCGAUGACCAACUGAUGGUGCACCCCGUUCUUCAGUCCCGCGCUGUGAUGAUCCACCCAAAACAUGAGCUUCAAGUUGGGCAGGAGUUUUCUGAUGUCAAGAGCUGCCGCAGGGCCAUACGAGAUGCUGCCAUCGCUUGCCAUUUUGAGAUACAGACAGUGAAGUCGGACAAGACGCGCUUCACUGCCAAAUGUGCCGGCGAGGGCUGCCCCUGGCGCAUCCACGCAGCCAAGCUCCCCGGGGUCCCCACCUUCACCAUCAGGACCAUCCAUGAGUCCCAUACUUGCAGUGGGAUCUCGCACCUUGGCCACCAGCAGGCUUCUGUGCAGUGGGUGGCCAAUUCUGUGGAGGAACGGCUUCGAGAAAACCCACACUACAAGCCCAAGGAGAUCCUCGAGGAGAUCCAUAGGGUUCAUGGAAUCACACUGUCCUACAAGCAGGCCUGGAGGGGGAAGGAGAGGAUCAUGGCUGCCGUUCGUGGGUCGUUUGAAGAAGGAUACCGCCUUCUCCCGCAGUACUGCGAGCAGAUCAGGAGAACGAAUCCUGGGAGUAUCGCCAAUGUGUAUGGAAACCAAGAGGACAACUGCUUCCGGCGUCUGUUCAUCUCCUUCUAUGCCUCAAUCUAUGGCUUUGUGAAUGCUUGCCGGCCAUUGAUCGGGCUUGACAGGACACUUCUGAAGAGCAAGUAUCUUGGAACCUUGUUACUGGCCAGUGGGUUUGACGGUGAUGGCUCUCUGUUUCCCCUGGCAUUUGGUGUUGUCGACGAGGAGAACGAGGAGAAUUGGAUCUGGUUCUUGUCGGAGCUGCACAACCUGCUCGAGACGAACACGGAGAACAUGCCGAGGCUCACCAUCCUGUCCGACCGGCAGAAGGGCAUCGUGGAAGGAGUGGACUUCAAUUUCCCCACUGCAUUCCAUGGCUAUUGCAUGCGCCACCUCAGUGAGAAUUUCCGCAAGGAGUUCAACAACACCAUGCUGGUCAACCUCCUGUGGGAGGCAGCGCAGGCAUUGACUGUCAUCGAGUUCGAGUCCAAGAUCCUCGACAUCGAGGGCAUCUCGCAGGACGCUGCAUACUGGAUCCGGCGGAUCCCCCCACGGCUAUGGGCGACGGCCUACUUUGAGGGCACCCGUUUCGGACAUCUGACAGCAAGCAUCGUGGAGUCGCUGAAUCCAUGGCUGCAUGAAGCGUCAGGCCUCCCCAUCAUCCAAAUGAUGGAAACCAUCCGCCGCCAGCUGAUGACUUGGUUCAAUGAGCGGCGAGAAAUCAGCAUGCAGUGGACCUCUCCACUUGUGCCGUCGGCCGAUCGGCACGUCGCCGAGGCCUGCGACCGCGCCCGCAGCUACUCGGUGGUGCGUGCCAACGAGGCCGAAUUCGAGGUUGCCGCUGCCCAUGAGGGCCCCAACAUUGUGGACAUUCGCAACCGGUGCUGCUUGUGCCGCGGCUGGCAGCUCUACGGCCUGCCGUGUGUGCACGCCGUGGCCGCCCUGCAUUCCUGCCGCCAGAAUGUUAGCCGAUUCACCGAGAGCUGCUUCACCGUGACCAAUUACAGGAAGACGUACUCUCAGACGAUCCAUCCGAUCCCCGACAAGAGCCUCUGGAGGGAGUUGACCGAGGGCUCUCAGGGUGGGGAGAGUAAAUUGGAGAUCAUCAUCAACCCACCCAAGUCCCUCCGCCCACCGGGUCGGCCACGGAAGAAGAGGAUCAGGGCGGAGGAUCGUGGCCGAGUGAAGCGGGUUGUCCACUGCAGUCGCUGCAACCAGACUGGCCACUUCAGAACGACCUGUGCUGCGCCCAUCUAA